GCGUCUUUCAUAAAAAUGGCUAGCGAUUUUCUUUGGAGCGAAAAGUUUUGGUUCCAAAAUGGAGUGACAUGGAAAGAUUUAGAGAGUCACGAUCCAAAUGUGUACUACCCCAAAGUCAAUGACAUCAAUCUAUCGUUUAUUGUUGGCUUGAUUUUUAUUGUAAUCCGAUACACCAACGAAAGGUUUAUAAUUGUUCCACUUGGACGUUAUCUGGGAAUCAAAGACCGGAAAGCAGCAGUGGUCGCAGACAUUCCAGCACUAGAGUCAUGUUUCAAACUGACAAAAGGCAAACAGAAACUCACAGAUGAUGAGAUGAAGAGAGUAUGUAAGCAGACCGACAUGACAGAACGGGAAGUAGAGCGGUGGUUUUUCAAACGGCGAAUGAAAAAUUCUCCCACUGCGAUGAUGAGGUUUCGGGAAUGCAGCUGGCAUUUCAUCUUCUACAGCAUCUCAUUCACAUACGGUCUCAUUAUUCUCUGGAAUAAACCGUGGUUUUCCGACACAAGAUACUGCUGGGCAGGUUGGCCUCACCAGCCGGUCACGAACGAUCUCUACUACCUGUACCUCAUGGAACUCAGCUUCUACUGGAGUCUCAUCUUUACUCUCGUCUACGACGUCAAACGCAAGGACUUCAAGGAGAUGGUCAUUCACCAUGUCGCCACGAUGGUGUUGGUGUAUUUCUCGUGGGUCAUCAACUUUGUCCGCGUCGGCACACUGAUAUUCGUGAUUCACGAUGCAUCCGAUCACUGGAUGGCGGCUGCAAAGAUGGCUAAGUACUGCAAACGUCAAAUGCUGUGUGAAUUUCUCUUCUUCACCUUCCUGGCCAUAUGGGUGGUGUGCCGACUUAUUUUUUUCCCAUUCUGGGUGCUGCAUACUACAUAUGUUGAAUUAUGGACUGAAAUAUCUGGCCUCGGUUACGCCUUUUACAUGUUCAACGGGUUGCUGUUUGUGUUACAAAUUCUUCAUAUCAUUUGGUCAUACUUCAUUGUGCGUGUUCUCGUACAAAAGAUCAGGUGUGGCAAGGUACAGAAAGAUACUCGCAGCGAUACGGAGAGUGAUGAUGGGCAGUCGGAUGAGGCGGGGGACUCGAACAGAGUCUCGAACCACGUUAGUAACGGAUCAUUGAACUCUCUACAACACAGAAAUAUUAACACGGCCAAGACGAAGUGAUCGUCUCACCUCUACACUGCUCUCCCGUCAUCUGUUUAGAGUGCUCGUAGCCGAGUAUUUCAUUAAUUAGGUCUUCAUCUACACAGUUUUCUACUGGUCUAGGAGCUAAUAUUACUUUUCUUUUUUUCCUCCCUUUUUUUAUUAAGAUAUAUUUGUUAAACAAUUAUUUAAAAUGUAUUUUAGAGGGGGUUUUGGUAAUUGUUUUUGUUAGGGUUUUUUCUAGAACGUAUGUGUUUCUUAAUAAUAAGGAUAAGUUGAUUUGUUUUGAUUUUUUUUAUUGAUUUUUUUUUUGUCACAGUAUAAAUGUUGUAUAUUUUAAGAGCAACAGACAUGUACACAUUUUAAGCCACAAAGUUCUGACAACAAAAGCAAUAUUUGAUUAAUAACACCCCUGCUCAUUGGUUAAUCAUUGGAAGGUUAGUCAUGUGGUAGAUACACUAUUUAAUGUGUAAGUCAACAGAAAUUCAAAUAAUUAGUCUAAGAAAUUAAAAAAUAACAAAACAAUUACCUUGACAUCUGACCUUGUCAAUUGACAGUAACUUAUCUCCAUUAUAUAUAAUGUGAGGCAGGUUUCAGUGACCUUGACCUCUUUUGAGACUCGACAUAGUAACUUGUCUUCACUGCUUGUAAAUACUUGAUUGAUAACACAGGUUUUAACCUUGACCUUGAUCUUUGACAUUGUGUCUCAACAGAGUAGCUAGUUUUCACUUCAUGUAAAUAAUCAGUUGGUGAGGCAGGCUUUAUCGACCUUGACCUACUUUCUUCACUAGUAACUCGAGUCCACUGUAGAAACUCAUUCAGUGAUAGCUAUUAAUUAUUUUUUUUUUAAUAACCCACCAAGUUGUUCACAAUGAAUGAAGCUAAACAACUGCAAGUGCUACUGUUUGUUAGUCAUGUUUAAAGUGCAUAUAGUAGUUGUUUUUUUAUGAAUAAAAAGUCAUAUGAGAUUGAUUUUGCACAGUCGUAAACAAUCAAUUGAAGGGUGUAUGUAAUUGAAUGAACUGUGUGAAACUACAAUUUAUUAACAUUGUGUACUUGUUCACUUAGAUAUAUAUUUGUAUGUAAAUGUGAGAAUUCAUUUGAUAAUGUAAUUAUUAACCUGUCAUGUAUUUUCAAAUGGGUUAUAUAAAGUCUUGUAAUAUGGCUCUAAUAAGACAAAAAACUCUUGACCGAAAAUGUUGGGAUUUGUCACAGAUUACAAGUUAUGUAAGCUAUCUAAAAUGAUACUAAUUUGUUUUUCCGUCAUCUUUUUUUUCAAAUUAAAAUUUAAGAAAAAACAAUUAUACUUUCGAAACUAGAUACAUACAUUCUUUGGAGCAGUCUCCACAAAUUAAUAGAUUUAUGAUUUUAUAAAUAUUUGAUGUAAUUUUUUUUAUUUCAUUUGGAUCUGAAACUUAAUACAGGGAUUUUUAGGAGCAGUCUCCACAAAUUAAUAGAGAUUUCUGAAUUUAGAAAUAUUUUAAUUUUAAUAUGUUUAUUUUGGUUAGAUCAGAAACUUUGUACAAUGUACAACUGUGGGUGUUUGUUUUGGAGAUAAUAAGUGUGACUUGAGAUUCUUAGUUAGAACGUUGAUCUAUUUUGUUUCAAAUGGUACAACUGUUGUGGUGUAAGUGUUCAUGGGACUGUCCUCAGUUUUCAGCCAUUGUUAAGAUCUUUCCAACAGAAGCUUUUUUUUUAACAACAAAUCUGCAAUGUUAUAUGUUCUUGUUUACAUAAUCAGUGUCUAUGUUCAUUGUGUUGUACAGUGUCCUAAUACUUGUAGUAACUCGGCACUGAAUUUACAACGCCUGUUUAUGUUUUACACGCAUGUAACUACAGACAUUUACAGUGCUUAAACACUUGAGCCUAUAUUUUCUAAGCCAUUUUAGCGCUAUGGAAUCGUAAAACCAUCAUAGGUUUUGACGUCACUACAGCACAUUCUACAGUGACGUCACUACAGCACAUUCUACAGUGACGUCAUAGCUUACGAUGAUUUUACGAUUUCAUAGGAUAAGAUUGCUUCAAAAAUAUGGGCCUAGCCUCUAAGUAAGAAAAACAGGCUAUGUAAAUUGUCUUCAUUGUAUAGUAUACAGAAUUAUUGAGAGGUAAAAUCUAGUUUGGGUUAUUACAAACAGGACAACCAAAAACACCCUAAGUAGACAGCGUAUACAGAUACUGAGAUUCUAAAUAAGAAAAUGUGUUUAUUAGUCGGGAAUAUCUUGCAGUGGGAACAUACUCGUGACAGUCCCUUUAAGAAGCGAGAUUGAAUAUUCAUGAGAGUCAGAUUGUAACCUGUUGUAUUUUUAGUGCUAUUCCUUUCUGGAGAUGAAAUAUUAGAAAAUAGAACUGUUAAGUAGAUGAGUGGUUUACAGUUAUUGUUACAUUCAAGCUAUUUACACACAUUUUGGAUACUCCUUUAUGUUAUAUCCUUCUCUUGCAAUUACUUUUCCUUCAAGUCAGUUUGCGGUAAGAUCUUGUUUCUUAUAACUUAAUCAGUGUAUCUUGUUAUUAUUUAUUUUAAUAUUUAUCACUGCACAAUAAGGACAUUGUAUCUGAUUUUCUCUUGUAGAUAAAUAGACGUUUUAAAUAAUUAACUUCUUAAUAAUUGAAAAUAUUUUCUCUACAUUGAAAUCUCUUUUAAUAUUUAUCACUGUACAAUAAUGACAUAGUAUCUGAUUUUUUCUUGUAUAUAAGUACAUGUAGAUGUUUGAAAUAAUUAAUUUAAUUAAUUAAAGAUAUUUUUUCUGCAUAGAAAUCUCCUAGUCUCAAAUUUACUUAAUAUUGCAUUUUUACAGUUUAAUCCUUCUGCUUAAUAACAAUAUGUAAUCGUAUACGGUUUGAGGUUCUACAUAAGGCUUGCCGUGUUAUGCUUGUGGAUUGGGCUACAGUUUUAUGCAUGUUUUAUAAUCUGAAUAAGGAUGUAUCUGAAUAAGGAUGUGUCAUAUGAUCGCAUAUUGUAAAGUGGAGGCUAUAAUCCCAUCACUGAAUUUAUUCUUUAUUUUUAAAGGUGUGUUAUGAAAGUUCCAUUUGCCAUAUUUUGAUAUUUUUUACAUUAGAAUGAUUUCUGCCGCAUUCCUCCAUUUUGUAAUGUUUAUGACGAUCUAGGCAGGGAUUUGAACCUGUAGACAUUGGCAUGUUGUGGAGUGGGAUCUAGCUCAGUUGGCAAAAUGCUCAGCUGAAGUGUUUUGGUUGCAGGAUUAUUGGUAGGGGGGGGAAACAUACCCAAUAUCUGACACCCUUAAUCUGUUGACUGCACUAUAUGGGUUGCCUACUAAAAAUCCCAAAAUGUCUGCUAAUGAAUAACAUUAUUUGGUUGUAUAUUUUUAUGGCCAUGUUAUAAUCUUUACAUUUCAAAACAAAAAGUAACAAAUAAUUUUGACCAUACAUGCAACUUUGAUACAGCCCCUUUAAGUAUCUCAUUUCUUUCUCUCACUCAGUGCAUUUCUCCCCUAUUCAGUGGACUGGGCUAUAAUUUUCCAUUGUGUUCAGUGUCUCCAUUUUUAGGUCUCAUGAUGAUUUCUCUAUCUUUUGUCUUUCACUCAAAGAGUCGGGAGGUCCUUUCAAUUGUUAUUUUAUCCAAAUGAUCUUGUUGAGUGUUCAUGAAAAGACCAAAUGGUUAAACUUUUCUAGUUAUUUCUAAUUACCAGAGUCACUGCAUUUGACUAUUUAGUAAAUGGUAUCGAUCUAGUCCUAAUAGUGCCAGUAACAAAUGCUCCAGUGCUGUAGUUGAUUUAGUAUCUUUUUAUUAUCUUUUUUUUAAUAUCCAAUACUUUUCAAGGUGAGCAUUUGUCGGAAAUAUAGAGCGGCCCAUACAUGAUCAAUAUUAUUUCAUAGUAUUUCGAUAUUGACAGUGUUAUUGACCACAUUUUGGUGAUAGUGACAGUUUGUGCAAAAUAUUUACGAAAUGAAAUCCAUGUUGAUUUGGUUUUAUUGAUAAUUGCAUAAUAAAAUCACAGUUGCUAUCUAUGAUCAGAGUUCUCUGCCUUUACAUAGUGAAAACAGGUGCACACACGAAUGUAUUAUUGCGCAAUGUUAUUGAUCUGUUGGUGGCCGACAUAUUUUGACAAAAUAUUGAUGUGUAUGGGCCACUUAAGUGUUUGACAACUGUUGUGUGGCAAUAGAGGUGAUAUUAGUAGCCAAAUAUUCAGCACCCCCUUGUCUUAGUUGUUUGGGGAGAAGGGAUUUAUCUAUGAAACUUUUGACGAUGUUUUCUGCUCCUAUCUACAGCACUGACAAUGUUAAUGUUCUUGACCCAUUUUGUCAAUUUUUGUGUUCAUUUAUUUGUGCAAUAUUAUUUUUCUGUUUAAUGCAUAUCACAAUGGUUUAUAAAUAACUGGAAAAUAUAAAUUAUGUACUUAAUGAAAAGAGAUCUUGAUUCUGUAUAACACAUGUAAAAACAAGUACUUAAACUAGUCAAUAUUAUAUCAAGAAGUUUUUCCAUAGCAAUAUCUUCAUUAACAAAUAUACUAUGUAAUUUUUUGUUAUUGAUGAAUUUUUCCAUUGCAAUAUAUUUGUUUAAAAAAACACGAAAAUACUCAAAUGCAUGUAAUGCAAUUCUUAUUGAUGAAAUGAAACAUCUGAAUAAUAUAUAUUCUCAAACUGAUCCUAAUGGUUUAAACCAUGGUUGAUUCUGUUCAAUAUUUUUUUUAAAUAGCUGUAUCAAGACUUUAGUUUGUGAAUGACUCGGGAGAGAAAAACAUGUCACUCCUUAAAAUGUCAAAACAGUAACAAAGCAUAUCCUGAUGGAAAUAAAUAAGGGAUCACACCAACACAACAGAAAAGUAUCAGGAAGUUAACUGUAUCACAGACCUUCAAUCCCACAUUUCUGACAUUCAAUCCCACAUUACUGACAUUCAGUCUCACAUUACUGACAUUCAAUCCCACAUUACUGACAUUCAAUCCCACAUUACUGACAUUCAAUCCCACAUUUCUGACAUUCAAUCCCACAUUACUGACAUUCAGUCACAUUACUGACAUUCAAUCCCACAUUACUGACAUUCAAUGCCACAUUACUGACAUUCAAUCCCACAUUUCUGACAUUCAAUCCAACAAUACUGACAUUUAGUCCUACAUUUCUGACAUUCAGUCCCACAUUACUGACAUUCAAUCCCACAUUACUGACAUUCAAUCCCACAUUACUGACAUUCAGUCCCACAUCACUGACAUUCAGUCCCACAUCACUGACAUUCAGU